AUGGUUAGACUCUUCGGAUAUCCAGAUCACAUGGUCUCGGACCGAGGCAGGCAGUUCAUAUCAGGAGCAUGGAAGGCAUUUGCAGAGCAAAUGGGUGUGAAGCACUCACUUAGUAUGGCUUACCAUCCUCAAACUGAUGGUCAGACAGAGAGAGUCAAUCAGGUCAUAGAGCAAUACCUCAGGAUGUACUGCAACUAUGAACAGGAUGACUGGGCCAACCUGCUGGACACUGCAGCCUUUGUAUACAACAACACGGUCCACAACAGCAUUGGUGUCUCACCAUUCUUUGCAUGCUAUGGAUGGAACCCCAAAGCUCAUCCUGACAUCCCUCAACGACUAGGAGUCAAUGAUCCAGGUCGCUUCAAGUACCUCAUGGAUGGAAAGGAGCGUUGCAAGUACCUCCAGGAGCAGAUCAGAGAGGCACAAUGGAGAUCAGUAGACCAGUAUAACAGGAAGCACAAGGACAUUGAGUUUAAGGUGGGUGAUAUGGUCUAUAUCAACCGUCGAAACUGGAAGACACAGAGACCCACACCCAAGUUAGAUACCCAGUUUGCAGGACCCUACCCAGUUCAGGAACGGCCAGCAAGAACAAGUUCUCUUCCUCAACGUGCUGAACAGCCCACCAUACCAUCACUUCCAGAUGAGGACCUCGACUUCGAAGUCGAAGCACUCAUUGACAAGCGUUCACACAAUGGGACUACAGAGUACAAGGUGUUGUGGAGAGGGUACUCAGAGGAAGCUGCUUCAUGGGAACCAGUAGAGAACCUCAACUGUCCCGACCUCAUCCAGGAGUAUGAGGUGUCGGAGGGGGGAUGA